GAUCAAUAGAUAUUUCAACGGUUUCUUCUAGGAUAUUUGUAAUGCAGCUGUGAUGUACUCAGAAAAGGUGAGACAGAAAGCAGAUGAUCAGAAGAAAAUUACACAACAGCUGUGCAUUGCGCUGAAUAACAUUCAGCAUGUACACACGUACACCUGGAAGCUGCCGAAGGAAUUAGACUGGCAGGGAUUGGAGGCUUCCAUGGAGCGGCUCUGUGGGCUGGAAGGGAAGCAGCAAGUGCAGAGAGCACUGGGCACCCAAAUACAAAGCAUUGACGCAGGCAUGCAGCGGCAGUCUAAUUAUAUGAUCAACCAACUCGUGGAGAAGAUGGUAACUGACUUGCGAAAAUACAUUCAGCACAUCAGUCUGUCACCAGACUCCAUCCAGCCUGAUGAGGCUGUCUGUCCUCUUAUGAAGUUCUUAGAUGACAAUCUAAUAAUCCUGAGCGAAUGGCUGGUGAUGGAGAAUCUCAGAAAGAUAUUGAGCGCUUUGUGGACACUCUUGUUGGAUUUGAUCAUUGAGGCAUUGGCUAUAAAUACUGGAAUGUCCGCUGAAUUCUACGAGCGAUUUCACUUCACACUGGAGGCUCUUGUGGUGUUUUUCCACGCAGAGGGACAGGGAUUGCCACUUGAUAGCUUGCAGAAUGACAAGUAUAAGGGUCUGAAGGAAGAGCUGCGUCUAAAUAGAUGCUCAACGCAGGAGCUGGUUGAAUACUGUUACCAGGCCAAAAUCCGCCAACAGAAGUCCACUGACCCUAGCCUGUAUGGGAUGCUGUGCAUCAAAUGUCACUAUGAGGCUGCUGAAUCCAAGCUGUCUGUUGAGGUCUUGCAUGCUACAAACCUGAUUGCCUUGGAUGCAAAUGGUCUCAGUGAUCCUUUCGUCAUUAUCAAACUUGCUCCUCUCCACUUCUUCCCAGGGGCAAAGAGCCAGCAAACACAAGUCAAGAAUAAAACACUACAUCCGAUCUACGAUGAACUGUUCAACUUCACUGUAACACGAGAGCAGUGCAGUAACAGCACCGCCUGCAUUCACUUCACAGUCAUGGACCACGACUGGCUCUCCACCAACGACUUUGCAGGAGAGGCUGUGUUGCAGCUGCAAGAAGUUCCUGGGUUCAAUAAAUCUGCCAUUGCUGGAGGAAUAAAAAAUGUUUCCCCAGUAUUUCUGAAACUGACGCAUCCUGAACCCCACGUAAUGAAACCAAUCAUGAAGAUGCUGGAGGGCCGGACUGCUGACAGAGAAGCACAGGACUUUGUUAAGAAGAUGAAGGAGCUAGAAGUGUCUCCGGAUUAAAUUCAAGCCAAUUUGGAAAAAGCGAUUGCAAUAUGUGAAUAUACAUUAACAUUCAGAAUUUCAGAACAUCAAGUGUUGGAGUGGUGCUUUGUUGUGAUAAUAGUAAAGCUAUGCAGGAGCUCCUCAGCAUUGGAACAUUAUUGAUCUGGUACUGUGGCUUCUCACUGUCACCAAUAUUGAAAUACUGAAGUUGUAAUGUAGCUCCUCAAACUUGUGCAAUUCUGGAGCUAAUGUGGAGCUCCUCAUCAUUGUGGUGAUAUUGAUUCAGUGCUGUAACCUCGUUGUCGUGGUGAUACUGAUCCAGUGCUGAAGCUGCGCACCGUAAUUCACAUGCUGUGCUGGACCUCUCACUGUGGUGACACAGAUCUUGUGCCAACUCACCUCACCAUCGUUGUGAUAUGGAUCUUGUGCUGCAGUGGUCACUCUUGUCCCGCAAUUUCUUCAUACUUCUAUUUGUUACAAGAAGCAAUCCUGCUUUUUGAAUGUUUUUUUUUAAAUGAAGUUUUAUGACCCCUGUCUUUGUUCUUGUAAGUAGUACAGAGAAAUGUUGCAAAAUUGUAAUAAUUUUGUCUUGGUGUCAAUUUUUUUGUAAUUUAUAGUUUUGAAAACAUUUAAAAGAAUAACACAAAGUGA